GCUCAACCAUAAAUGAAAUAAAAAAGAAAGGCGUUGAGUAACGACAUCAUGUGGUGUUCAUUGGUUCUGUUUGGAGUUAUAAUUGGGAUCGUUUAUACUGGUGCAAUUUGUCCAUCUUGGUAUUCUUCCAAUUACGGAAAAUGUUAUCGAUACUUCUCAACAAAACGUUCGUGGGAAAAUGCAAGAGAUCAUUGCAGGACAAUGUACAAAGGUGACUUGUUGAGUAUCCAUACAGAUUCCCUGAAACGUGAUGUAUGGAGUCACACUGAGCAGACUGAAGACGGAGAGUUAUGGGUUGGGGCGUAUAGCGGAUACACAUGGUUGGACGGAACAGGAAUACCAUGGAGCUGGUAUUUAGAGGAUGAACCAAGUUCUGAUGGGGAAAAGUGUGUAGAGGUAUGGGCGUCUGGACGUAGUCGUGGAACAGGCCUGAAUGACGAAGAUUGUGAAUAUGACCAGGAGUUUGCGUGCCAGGCCGACGAGUGCUAUUCGAUUGCAAACUGCAUUGAGGACAGUAGAUGUAGUUGGGAAAGUUCUUACUUUAAAAGGGACAUAUGCGAUAAAUGUGAUGCAGGAUAUUAUAGUGGUGGUCAAGGAAAUGGAUGCAUAGUAUGUAAAGCUAUUGCCAACUGCGCAGAAGAAACUUGUACAAGUCCAACAGAUCAGACCUGCAUCACAUGUAUUGACAAUAAUGUGUACUUCAAGUUGACGAAUAAUGCCAAAAGUUGCGACCGCAUGUGUUCGUCUGAUAAACAUUAUUGCUGGCCUGGGUCAUGUAGUGACAGUUUAGCGUCAAACUGUGAGUGCAGCACAGGAUUUAGAAAGCACUCCACGACAAUAGAGACAUUGUGCCAACCGGAAACCAAUCAAGAGAUUAAUAGCUGCCAAACAGUAUUCACAGGACCCAGUGGAGAGAAGAAACGGUUAGCCAGCAAUACGCAAUCUUCGCAUUGCCAGUAUUUGCAGGACAAUUAUGGGAAUUUCCAGCCGACAACAAUUACAUUCAAUAUGACAUCCGAAUUUACGAUAGAUAUUUCAGCACUGACUCGGCCACAAUACAUCCAAACGGAUACGUUUGGAGUAACAGACACAACAGUACUUAUACUAAAGCAAUCAACCUCAGGUCAGGAGACAGUUAUUAGGUCACACCAGAUGAAGACUGACACCACAUCUAGCAGAGAGGCAGAGAGGGUGGUUCAAAACGAUGAAGUAUUAUUAGUUGAUGACUCAAAAUACAAUUUGAUAAAUGGAGAUGCUCUCUGUGUCCAAUACAAAGCAGAAGGUGGAGGCUACUUCGAAAGCAAAAAUCUGUACAGUCUACAAGUUGAAACAGUUACAUAUAAUAAAACGGUAACUACGGAAACGAAAUGCUACAGAUUUGAUAAUGCUCCUCCUGAACAUUGUUCAGAAGGAAAUUUAUGCCAAAAUGAACCUUUGCAAACUGAGGUACAGAUUACACGAUCAGGCAUUGUCGAUAUUGCAUUCCAAGGAUGGUCUGAUCCAGUACCAAAUCAGAAGUUUCCGUCCCAGGCAUCUGGCAUUGAACAUUUUGAAGUGAGAGUAAGCGAGGUUAUCCCGGCGGGCGAUCAGUUAAAAGUUGACACUAGUAUUUAUUACGAAGAAAAGGUGCCUACUUCUUCGACAAAAGACGUCACGCUUAAUCUAACUACUUCUGCACCUAGACUGUUCUCUGUGCUUUUAGAGGUUAAAGAUAUAGCUGACAACAUACGUCAAGCUCGAAGAUUUGUCUUAUCCGAUAGCUCUUCGAUUUUAAAGGUAUGGGAAGAUUAUCCGUUUAUCAUUAAUUCAGCCUCAAGGGAGACGGAGUAUACUUGGCAAACCAACUUCGACAAAGUAUGUCUGACAUGGAAAGAGCAUUUCUACAACGACUUCUAUUUGCACAACCCCUUACUCAGUUCGAUAGAACCGGAUCCACACGGAUUAAUUACAGGCGUAUAUGAGCAUUUAGAAGGGAUACUAUCCGUUCACGGUACACCGAAUGUCCAUGGCAUUAUAAAAUAUUUAGUGUCAUGGAGGCUGAAUGAGGGCUCGGUUACUAAGGAUAUUGAGGUUGAAAAUUUUCUCUACCAAAACGUUUGUCGGGAGUUUGAUCUUAAGGACGGACAGACGUACACGUUUUUCAUCAGUCCAGUAGAUAUUGUUCAAAAUAUUCUAACUGAAAAUAGAACGGUUCAUAUCGAUACAUCUCCACCUCAUAUUGAUGGAAUUGGUCUCAUAAAAGACGGUUAUAAAGGGCUUACUAUACACGACGAAAGAGACUUGUCGAAGAUGGAACUUUACUUUGAAGCUCUGGAUCCACAUAGUGGGAUCCGUAAUGUGGAAUGGUGGUUUGGGACGGAGGACACGGGACAGAAUCUCGAUAGUGGGGUGCUAGGUGUUCAACGUAUUGAAGGGGAUUGCGAAGACAAUACCCAGGCAUGCUACUGCCCAGAUGUUGGAAAUUGUGAAAAUCAUGCCUUCAUCAUACCACUGAAUAAGCUAGUAGUAGCGCACAAGCAUCUCGGUGAUCACAAUCGGAACUACUUUUUCCAGUUAAAGGGAACAAACAACGCACGCAUUUCGGCGACUGAAUAUGUUACAAUACUGGUAGAUUACUCACCACCUGAAGUCGGUGUAAUUCAUGAGGGUUCGGUUGAUGGAAAAGAUAUUGACUACACAAGUGAGGAUACUAUUGCUGUUCAUUGGUAUGGAUUUGUCGAUCAUGAAAGUGGAAUCAAAAUGUAUCGAAUUGGAUUUGCAAAUCGUUGUCUACUUAGGGACGAAUUGUACGAUUAUAAAAACAUAACGGAUAUCAUAGAACAUGCGGAAGUUAGUUCCAUAGAAAACAAUGUACGGAUUGCCGUAGACUUUACAGGAAAAAUAUAUGUGUCUAUUAUAGCAUUCAACAAUGCAAUGGACCCUUCCGAUUCAGUUUGUUCUGAUGGUAUAACUCGUGACAUUGAUCCCCCUAAAUUUUAUAAUCUAUCCGUCGAACAUUUGUCUCUACCUGUUACAUUCCUCUGCCUUGACGAGAAAAUUUGGAUUCUGAACUCAGCGUUUUCUUUAUAUCCCCUUCCAACUGACAAUAGAUGCGAUAUUAGGUGUUCGGUCAGCGACAGCCUAUUGUCUUUUAUUCAUUCUCUUCCUAAAGAGAAAGCUUUCUACACAGACACCGAAGAAAUGUGUGAUAAGAUAACAAGAUAUUCCAAUAACACGGUUCUGUAUCUUCCGAACGAUUACAUAUAUCUUAGUUGGGACAUCGAUAGCGGAAGUCAAAUAGAUAAUUUCUAUGUCGGAAUUGGACUCGAUCCAAGCGAGUCCAACAGUCCUCAAUUGAUACCAUAUACAUCCACAGUUGGAAAAACGCACUUCAAACAUCGGCAUGAAGGCCUAAGCUCAGAUGAAAUAUUUUACGUUUUUGUAAAAGCGGUCAGUAAAUCUGGGUUGGAAGAAGUUAUUACGAUAGGCCCGAUGCUUGUUGACUCCACACCACCACUUUAUUUGAGGAAACCAAAUGUACACAUUCUUGCUGACAACAUCAUGAUAAGUUGGGAAGAGAGUACAUUUUAUGAUAUGGAACAAAAAGAACAGAUAAAUCGAAUAGAAUACACAUUUGGGUAUAAAGAAAAAAUAAUAAGUAACCGUCUGGUAUGGAACCUGAUGACGAAUAAUUCGUGUGGUAACAACGACUGUUGUUGUAUAAAGUAUCCUCUGAAAAAUUUACAGAAGAAGGAUACCGACCUUGGUCUAGAAUUCUACGCGACAUUGUACGUGUAUAAUAACGCCGGUCACUUUACAGAAAUAAGCACGGACGUUUUCAAAAUACCGAGUCGCUAUCCACCAGGCCAUGCUAUUAUUUUUGACGUUAAUCCGAACCUAAUGGAAGUAAAUGGAGAUAUCGAUGCUCACUUUUCCUCGGGAACUCUUUGUACAUAUUGGACAGGGUUUAAACACCAUGAGAAAAUAAAGUUUAAGGUAGGAAUUGGUUCAACCGACAUUGUAGCUGAUAUCGUGCCUUUUCAGAUACAUAAUGGGACAAUGAUGCCAUUCUGUAUAAAUUCUACAAAAGUCCAUGUAAAUCGAAAGUAUCAUACUCUAGUAAAAGCCGAAUGUUCAGGUGGUAGUACUGUAUCGGCAUCAGAUGGGGUAUAUAUUUUAGACACAGAAGAAAAUCUGCUGUCACAAAUAAGCGUUUAUCCUGGAUUUGACUGUGCUUCAGAGUCUCCGAUCGAAGAAUUGCAUAUAUUAAACGUAUCACAGUCAAUCAGUCACGUGAAAUUCGAUACAAAGUUUGAAAUUGGUGGCAUAUUUAGUAUCUUUAUUAGUACCGAUAACGGACCGGUAUCCGUUAUUACAUUGAAUUCAGAUGACGCUAUCUUACUGCCUGAAUUCACAGGUAAAGGAAAAAUAUCCUUUACAACAUCGAUCGAGAAUCCUAUUUUCACUUUGAAUACUGGAGAAGAACGUACUUACAAGACUGUCACUUUGAAAGUUGUGAGAUGCCCAAGUACGGAGGUUUUGUUCAUGAAGAAACAUAUAGCUACCCACUGGACAUCCAGUAUAGAUUCCAAUAUUUCGUCUGUCUGGUACGAGGUGGGGAUAGUUAGAAGUAACAGUGAAAAUGCUCUGGUUAGUGAGCUUGAACGUGAAAGUGGCAAGUCACAUGUAUUUCAAAACGUAAGAUUGUAUCCUUCUGUCGCUUACAAAUUUGCUGUAAAACUCUGUACAAAACAAAGUUGUCUCAGUGCAGUUUACUCAGACAUCUUCUUUAUAGAGGUGGAUCAACCAGUUGGAAAUAUUGAAAUUGCUGAACUAGAUCAGUCCUUCAAUAAAACUUGUUUCGAUAUCAAAAUGACCUGGAUGAGCUUUACAACUGAUAGUGAAAUAUUGUUUUAUCAAUGGAGCAUCAGUAAAGACAGGGAAGCAGCACACAUCGUUACAUCGUGGAAAACAGUUCAACCGUUUGAUGAAAAUAUGAUACACGAGUGUCUUUAUGUGCAGCCUCACGCUUACUCUCAUUUAUUUGGCUGUGUCAAAGCAUAUUCCCUAGCUGGCAGUAGGUCAAUGGCAUGUACGGCUUUUGUCAUACGGAAUCGCUGGACAGCCUAUAAAUAUGUUGUUCAUGAUUUGAAUUCGUCUGCUGAUACAUGGAACUUCGUUUUAAGUAUGGUGCAUAGUUCAGACUUUAGUGACACUGCACGCAGUACUCUUCAUGACAUUGAUAUAGAUAUCACACCGGCAGAAUCGACAGUUGCAGGUGCUGUAAUGGGUACUUACGGCAGAAAUGUUACUUGGUAUCUUAUGACGUCAAAACACGUACCUACACAUUGCUCUCACAACGAAGGAUGUUACUACUUCACUGUUACAGACACUGGCUAUGCGGAAUUUCCAACGAAUACAAUCAAAACGAACGAACUUUAUUACAUUUGCGCUUACUCUAACGAUACACUCCUGCACUUGGAAGACUACAUGGUGUCUCUAGAUGAAUUUUCAUCAUGUAGUAAUGGUUUCAUCAAAGACGAUAUGCCUCCUAUGAAUCCAAAAAUGGUGGUUCGAGUCUCCAACCAAAACGGUUACAUUACAGACACGUCAAGACUGAUUAUACACUGGGAUGUCUUUGAUGAUAAUAUUAAUGCAAGUGUUUUUCACUAUCCAGAGAAUAUUCGUGCGUACAGUUAUGCUAUAGGUAGCAGUAAAGGAAAAGAUGACAUUAAAAAUUUUUCCGAAGUCGGACAUUCUACUGUCGUGGUUGCUCGAGAUGUGAAUAUAAGAGACGGUUUCCCAUUAUACGUAACUGUGAAGGCAAUUGAUUACGCCGGUCUUGAAGGUAUAGCGUUUUCAAGAGAGUUUAUUGUUGAUAAAACUCCACCGGUACUAGGACGAAUUCUCAUAGAGCCUGAGAUGUCCAAUAUAAACACUGUUACUUUUAUCGACCGUGCGGACCUCGUUCUACAUUUGACCGAGUUUACAGAUGAUGAAAGUGGACUUUCUUAUUUCGAGAUUGGUGUUGGAACUCAUUAUUUUCUAAAUAACAUAAUGUCAUUAACAAAAUACGAUAUGAAUGUGGUGCAGCUAGAACUUGGCGACAGUUUACUUAUUGAUGGACGCACAUACUUUGUAAACGUAAAGGCUGUCAAUAAUGCAGGACUUCCAAGUACUUUUGUAACUGGGAAAAUAAUAAUAGACCGAUCCGCUCCAACAGGAGGCCAUGUGAUUGAUGGAGAUUCUUUAAAACAGGUAGACGAUGAUUUCAUCAAUGAUAUCUUUAAUGUUGGAGCACAAUGGAGAGGAUUCGCGGAUCCUCACAGUGGAAUUUACCACUAUCGGUGUGGGUUUGGUACAAAGCCAUACGUGGAUGACAUUCGCAAUUUUAUCAAUGUCGGUUUGAGGGAAAAUAUAACGUGGACCGGUCCAUUCGUUUCUGGUCAGACAUACUACACUACUGUAGAAGCCUGUAAUCACGCUGGGCAGUGCCGGUCAGUGUCUUCAGACGGCGUAACACAGGACAACUCACCUCCUAUUCCGGGAGUGGUAAGAAUUGGAUCAGAAGAUUUUCAUCACAAAUAUUAUGCACAUACUAACUGGCUCCAUGUUCACUGGGUUGGUUUCGAAGACCCACAGUCGCGAAUUGAUCAUUAUGAAGUUUGUGUUGGAACUUUGAUAGGAGAAUGUAAUAGCAUGCAGAAGUUUAAUACUGGGCUGAAGACAAAUAUCAUUAAAACAGAACUUAAUUUGCCAGUAAAGACAAACCUUUAUGCAACCGUAACGGCUUAUAAUAAAAUUGGAAUGAAUGUUUCCUACACAUCAGACUCAUUCCAAAUUGAUGACAGUCCACCAGUAGUUGAACAAAUACCUCGUUUUAUUAACCCUUUAACAUUUAACGAAGAGCCAGUUGUUCAGUGGGAAAAGUCAAUCUUAAAAAUAUCAUGGUUGUUCAAAGAUCAAGAAAGCCCUAUUAUAAAUCAUAGAAUCUCACUCUACACGCACCACGAGGGUCAUACUCCUGUCGAAUAUAUAUAUGUAGGAUCGCAAAAUAAUUUUACAAUAAAUCUUGAGCAUAAAGAAUGGUUGCAAAAUGGUGAUAUUUAUUAUGUCAAGGUCACUUCUUGCAAUGCUGCAAGUCUGUGCAGUACGUCACAGUCGGCUGAUUUACUUAUAGAUACAACUCCACCCCAUGUUGGUGGUUUCAAACAACCUUUAAAGUGGGCUAAUUAUAAAGACGCCUUGAAUGGAACUGAAACAAAUUUAACUCUGACAUGGUAUGGAUUUCAUGAUCAAGAAUCACUUGUCAAAAGCUUUUACGUAACGGUUAGUAGGUCUUAUAUCGGGCAUGAAUUAACUGGGGGAAUAUUUACUUUCAACACUGAAAAUAUAACAAAUGAAUAUACAAGUGAGAUACAUCUUGCUGAGAAUAUCUUCCAAGACGAACUAUUAAUUCUGUCAAUUUGGGCCGAAAACCAAGCUGGGCUCAUGAGUUCUGUCGCCCGUAUUUCAGUGUACGUUUUAUCUGAAACGACGAAUGAUGACGAAAGUUUAAAACAUGGAACACUUGAAAUCGAAAAACAUUCUUGCGAUAUUCAUUUUUGUAAUAAGGACUGCACAUGUGCAGUAUUCGGCCAACCAUGCAUUUACUUCGAGUCCAAUUUAAUUUGCAAUGAAAUCAAUUCCUCAGUUGUAAAUUCUCUUGGAUAUCCCACUGUUGACGUGCGAUUUGGGUAUACAUUUGAACAGAAUCAAACUGUUACAGCGUCAUCGUCAUGUUUGUCUGGAACCUGGAAAUUCGCAAAUAGUCUUCAUAAUGCUAUAGAACGGUAUGAAUGGAGUAUUGGACUGGCAGGUCAGCCUGUUGGGGAGGGAAUAUUUGAUCUGAGAGCAGAGCAACCUUGGAAUGAUGUCGGAAUUCGAGAGGAAAUAACACAUUGCUUACCAGUAAAUCGGCGUUUAAUACAUUCAGAAAGUUAUAUUCUUCAUAUACGUGCAUGGUAUAGUCAUGACGAAUAUGCAACGUUCACGUCCAGACCAAUUAUGAUAGACCAGUCUGCGCCGGCUGUAACAAGAGGGAAAUUUAUUAAAGAUUCAGAUGUUUCAUGCAACUUAGAUUACGAUUUCAUAGAUUGGACACAGAAUAUCACAGCCUGUUGGUCAGGGGUUUUUCGUGAACAACAAGGAAGUAUCACCCAUUACACUGUUGCCCUUGGAACACUACCAAAUGCUGAUGACGUUUUCCCCAAAAGACAUGUUGGUCUAGCUAGUGAUUUCACGCUACGGAAAAUGUCUUUCACACAUGGUACAAAAUACUUCUUCACAAUUACAGCCUAUAACACCGCUGGACUUAGUACCAGUCUCGCAUCUGAUGGUUUCUUAGUAGACACAGACAACCCAACAGAAGGCAUUGUUUAUAACACUAUUCAUAUGAAAAACACAGAAUUCCAAUCUUCAGAUUCUAGUAUAAGUAUAUCUUGGACUGGUUUUACUGAUCACUUUUCUGGAAUAUAUCGGUACCAAGUCGCUAUUAGUGACACCGAUAACAAAGAAGCUUUUGAAAAUCUUAUUUUCGUACCUGUUGGCCUUAACACUUUUCAUACGUUUAACAAUAUUUAUUUAGAACAAAACAAAACUUACUACGGAGUCGUCAAGGCAUCAGAUGCCGCUGGCCACUUAAGUAACGAAGCUGUUUCACCUGGUAUAACGAUAGAUGGAACUAAACCUACUGGCAUCAAAUGCAAUGAUUUUAGAUACAUUAAGAAUGACACUUUUGUAUUCAACGGAUCAGGGGAAUCAACGGCUGAGUUAAUGGUCAACGUUUCAAAGAAUGACUUGAUUCGUGUUUCUAUGAGAGUUGAUAGCCCCGAUCUUCAUACAAAGAUGAUUAUAGAAGUUGGGGCCGAAACUACCUAUCUUGAUGGACUGCGCCUUCACGAUGGACAAAUAGAAUUUAAGUACACAUUCUUUGCGCAGGAAUCACUAGAGACAAAGAUUAUCUUCAGGGUAUCAUCGAAAGAAGAUUCACGACUGUCGGUUUUCGUCUAUCGAUGUACAUCCUUUGAGGCUGAUGAUCAAAAUGCAGUUUCCGUCACUCAAACGGGGCUUAGUGUCUUGAACAUAGACAUGUAUGUUUCUGACAAGGAAAGUAACAUUUGCUCGCUUCAGCUAGGCGUUGGAACGACACCUGGUGGAUUUCAAGUGCAGUCUUUAAAAACUUUUCACCACAACAUCAAUCAUGCAAUCGUUACAGCAAACAUUGGUCAUAGGAGUCCAAUUCAUGUGACUGGAAUUGCUGAAAACUGUGCUGGCCUUAGAUUAAUAUUUAAAGCUGGACCCCUAAUAAUGGACCAUACUGCACCUUUCAUUAAUGAUGUACAUACGUCGAUCAAAGUGUACUCUAGUUCGAAUGCCACAUUGGAACGAUCUUUUUCGAUUGAAGCUUCAUGGCAAGCAAAAGACUACGAAAGCGGUGUUAAAUAUUGCUUUUGUGCCAUAGAAACUUAUCCUGGAGCUCAAGAUGUUAAACCAUUUUGGAUUGCGAACUCUCCGUCGUUCUGCCUUUCCGGAGACUUGAAACUUACAGAUGUUAAAAUAGUCAGUGUCACAAUCAAAUGUGCGAACAACGUGGAGCUGACUUCACUACACACUACUAAUCCACAAGCUGUAACACUUGACCCUCCGAGCACUGAACGGGGACAUGUGUAUAUUUUGCCUUCAGACAGUGAUAACAUUGCAUUAAACACUAAUCUAAAGACAUUCUUACAGACAAGCAAAAGCACUUUUAAAAUUGGUUGGUCCGGCUUUGAAGAUGCAUCAGAUAUUACUUUAUAUGAAUACAGUUUAACUAGGAGUGGAAAACGGGUCUUUUCCUGGCAAAACGUGUACGCACGGGAUGUUAUUACCCUGUAUGGUCUGAAUCUUGAUGCAAGAAGCAGCUAUACUGCCGAGGUAAAAGCGACGAACAAAUAUGGUUUGACUAGCAAAAUUAUUUCGUCAAAUGUUACAGUUCUCGAAGAAAGACCAAGGCUAUCUGGAAAGUCCGUAUCCAUCAGCAAACAAGCGAAUCAGAUGACACUAGAUUGGGGCCAGGUAUUUACCACAUUCGAAGGGAUUCCUGUUUCGUACUCGCUGGUUAUAGGUACUAAGAAGGGAUUCACGGAUGUCGUCGACAUCGUAGACUUUACAGCAAGUACGACAACUGUCACAGUACCAAGGUCGACAUUGCUUACACCGAAUCCGACUCACCUUUUCAUUACAAUUGCGUGUUCGUUUCCAUUCGGGCUUGUCGAAUUGUAUGAAAAGACAUACACAAUUUAAGAUUUAUUAUCAUAUUAUAUUGCAUCUCUUCUGUGAAUAUUUUAAAUGUUUGAUAACAUAAUUCAAGGUCUUUAAAAUGUGUGCCUUUAUUCUAACAUUUUGUAGAGAGUUUUUAAAGUGUUAAGCGUAUCAUUGUAUAGGGAAAUGAUUCACAAACAUGAAUUUUGAAAAUAUAAAUCAAAAUCGAGUAUUAAAAUAUUAGUUAGACUUUUCUACUUUACAUCAUUUACAUUACAAAAUUAGCUAGUUCGUGCUUAUUACUCUCAGAAUCACAAUAAAUUUUCAUAUAACUUGACACUAUUCCGGAGACGUGCCCUUUUAUAAACGGAAGUGUACGAAUAUAUAAUGUGAUUAACUGUAUCAUAUCUUUCGGAAGUUUAGAUAAAUAACAUUUAUUCUGAAGCUUGUGUAAAGCUAAACGGAAAGUAGAUUGUCCUUGGUAGCUUAAGUUCCGAUUAUGAUGAUCUUGAUAGUGAAAGUAAUAUUGUGAAUAAGAGGCUAAUGUGCCAUAACUUAACAUAGCUAUGAAAUUUGCAUUUACAAGGAUCGUUGAAUAAAUACAUAGGCUCUAUCUAUAACUUCAAAAUCAGUCAAUCAGAGACGUUUUUAGUUUGUAUCAUUUUGAAAGGGAGUGUCCCUGCUUCGUAUAUUCCAACAGUUAUUACCAAGGUUGUCCUGUGAAUAUUUCUUUACGUAAGGCGUAUGCUAUGCAGCCCGCGUCAGUGACGUCUUCAUAACGUCAACUCUAAUUACAUUUUUUCAAAAUAUAAUUAUGAUUUAAAACUAUUGAAAACAUACUAAUCUUUAUGUUAAACUCCGUACGUCAUAUGUAGAAUAAGAAUAUUAGGCUUCGCUAAGGUAUCAUUCUCGGUUAUUUACCUGCAGCAUUUAGAUUUUGGAUUUCUGUUUCAUUCAUUUCAUUCGAAACCUAAAACGAUCGAUUUAGAGAUAUAUUAUGUCUUAUCAAGCUAUUACAAUUAAUGCUGGCGGACGAUUGAGCUAUAUUCUUUCCUACAGUAAUUCAAAAAUGAGUGUUGGUUUUUUCCCAAAUUCAUGUAAAAUUUAAUGAUUGCUUAGAUUUCUAGAUGUUUUUGUUACGUUAUUUUUAUAUAAGACCACAUAAUACUGCCCUAGACAAAAGGUUAUUUGUCUUUAUUGACCGAUUGACUUUUAUGGAGACAUCACUUGAAUAUUAUAAAACAUAUUCAAGAUGUCGAUGUGAUUUUCAUUUGAAAAAGGUUAUGUAAUGCAAUAUGCGUUUAUUGGUGUUUUUACAUUUAAGACGUCAAAACUGCAACUGGGUGGCUAGCGUGUUGCUACGGUUAUUUGAUAAAGUUUAAUUUUGUAAUGUGUGAUGUAAUUCUUUUUCAAUAAUUACAAUUGCAAGCGGAUUUGAUAUGUUACUGUUUAUACAUGUACCAUUUAUACUAACUUACACAUAUUUGUUUCAAAGUUGUAGAGCCAUUCUAGGUAUUUAUCAAACAACUUUUGUAGACCUGUACAUCAACACAGUUUUUGAAACCUACGUCUUGAAAAUUGUGUAUUAGUUAUAUUAAUCAGAUGCUUUUGUGAACGUGUUCACUAUUUCUAAUUGUUUUCCUUAUCAUAUCUCAUUUUUCAGUAUACAAACGCAUGUUUGUGCUGUUCACCUUGUACGUAUUAAACUCUUACGAGAUUUAUAAAUUGACAUUGUAACUACAAAGGUAACUAUUGAGACAAAGUGCUUUGAAUUCUAUACAAGCGUAUGAGAAACCAUUUUUCAGAAUACUGCUACUAGAAUGCAACUAAGUUUAGAUAUGCUCGUUUUGAAACUUGAAAAACAAUUAUAUGCUACAUGUAUUAGCAGAAGGAAUGCUCACAGGCGCAAAGUAGCAAGUUCUUUCACAGCUGUAAUUUUAGAGUUAGCUGUGUUUUGCUUAUUUUUUACAAUGUGUAUAUUUGGCCUUUAAGUAACUUGUUUUGCGUCUUCGUUUCUCUUGUUGCUCUGUCUUCUGAAAAGGCAUUGAGUACAUACGUUUUUGGUUCUUAAGGUUUGUUUUUUAUAUAUUUAUACACGAGCAUUUUUGUGUUUUACAUGCCAUGCCUUUUUGUUUCCAUUACGUGUGUAAGAGAUUCACCUGGAGGGGAUUACUUUUAUUUACACUGUCCCAUGUCUUUGGAACAUGGUGGGGGUAAGAGUGAGGUUAGGUGCACCAUAAACCGGUUUAAGCUCCCCAGUGGUGUUUUUGCCACUGACCGUUCCAAGGCGGUGCCCCACUGUGUUCCUUUGUUUGUUCGUUUCGUCUUAUGUGUUGGCUUUGUGUGCGUGUGUGUUGUUCGUUUUGUCCUUAUGUGUUGGCUUUGGGUGUGUGUGUAUGUGUGUGUGGUGCACGCGUCUGCGUGCUGGGGGUUUCGUUUUGAGGAGGCUGCGUUUUUGGUGCGUGGCAUUCCCUGUUUGAUAUUAUUCUUUGUUUUUAUGAUUUUAACUGAAUGUGCAUCCAUCAUCAAGAUUACUAGAUCGUAAGAACUCAUCCAUUAUUUCUAUUUUUCAGAGAUUUCCCCGUUACGAAUUAUUAACAAGUAUUUAUGACAGUUUUGUGUUAAAGAAUAUAUAGUUCUGUUUAAUAAACAAUUUGAGGCAUGUUAAAUAUUAUCUGCAGCCCUUGAAGUUGAUCUUGAAGUUGAUAUAGUGCGUGUAUGUCCAGUUUUUAAGUAUUUUUCAACAAUUUUGCAGUCAUAUAAACGCCUGUUUCUACUUGUGUCAGUGAGCACAAUGCUCAACUUUACAGUGUUGUCUGACGCCAUAGAAACCUGACAUGAUAUUCCAUCCAGUCACAUUAUACUGACACCGGGCUGAUCAAGCCUAGCACUAUCCUUUUAAUGCUGAGCGCCAGGCGAGGCAGCUACUAGUACCAUAUUUACGUCUUUGGUAUGACGCAGCCGGGGAUCGAACCCUAUUUCAUAUGUUCCGUACGUUUUUAUCAGAGUUAUAUUAGUCAGCUGAAAAGACGCUGGACAUAUCAACUGGUUUUCAUACUUACCAGUAAAACAUCAUCUUCUAACUGAAACGUACAUUCGUAUAUAUUUUUGUUUAUUGUGUGUGUAAUGAUAUAAUUAUAUUUUUCAAAGUUAAUCUCUCCGUCUUAUAUGCCUAAUUAACCGUGCAUCGCAUUGAUUAAUCCUUUACACUUUGAUUUUUUAUCUUGCUCUUGAGUUUCUUGAUAUACAUGUAUGUUUAAAUUCCAGCUUGUAUUUGUUUGCUGUUGCAACUGUGACAAUGAAUAAUUUGUAUUCAUCAAUAUAUAUAUAUUCGUUCCAUUCAAAAUUGUAUAACGUUCAUAUUUUAGUUAGGCAGAUACAGGGACGUACAUUGUCAGUGUCAAAUCUGCAGGCUUUGUUUAGUUCAACUACUUUAGUCCACAAAGUCCCCAGUACAUCUGCUAAUAAAUUGCACUACUAGACUGUAUCAGUUAUGAUUCUGCCAUUUACGAUGAUAAAGAAGACUCAAAAUCAGAACUAAAUAGUAAGCAUAGCAUAAUUUAAUACUAAAUUUAAAAACCAAUAGUAAAUAUAGAUAGAAAAAAUAUUUCUAAAAUGAGAUCUUUAGUAUAAUUAGUCUGUUACGUUAAAGUCAGAGACAGCUUGAUUUGCGCUUGUAUGAUUCAAUUUAUGUAAAUUUGUUUUGUAAACAAUUCAACGGAUUUUUAUGCAGGAAAGGAAAAGUCGGCUAGAUAGAUGUAUGGAUGUAGCUCUUCUGCCUAUGUAUUAUGAUGCCGAGUUUAUUGUUGUUUUCAGUAUAUAUUAAGUUAUUACUUCUGCACCUUGUUCAUUUAUCUAUAUUCACGCACCUGAAUUAAAGGAUUUCUCUAACUGUA